AUGGUGGCAGCGGCUCCAGCGCCCUUCGUGGUUUCUGGAGAUGUUGCAGCCAUUGGUAGCGCAACUGAAGGCCUCAGUCGUCGAGAGCCCCAUGACUUCGUCAAGCGAGCCUUUCCUGUCCGUCGUGCAACAGUUCUAGCACGCGGUCAGAAGGACGCCAACGCCAAUGCUGAAGAAGACGCUGCUGCUGCUGCUGCUGCAGCAGAAGAAGAGGCCCAGCAACAGCAGGGCGAUGCCGCCGCCGGUGCUGAUGAGCAGCAGGCGAAGGGCAAGGGCAAGGGCAAGGGAAAGCAGGAGGCACAAGCUGAUCAAGCCGCAGCCGAUCAGGCACAACAGGAUGCCGCCGGUGCAGCUCAGGACAACGCCGCUGCCCAUGAGGCCGCCAACGCAGGACAGGACGCAGCUGCUGACCAGAACAAUGCCGCCGAUCAGAAGCAACAGGACGCCGCCGCCGAUGAGGCCGCCAACGCAGGACAGGACGCAGCUGCUGACCAGAACAAUGCCGCCGAUCAGAAGCAACAGGACGCCGCCGCCGAUGAGGCCGCCAAUGCAGGACAGGACGCAGCUGCAGACCAGAAGCAACAAGACGCCGCCGCUGAGCAGAACAUGGCUGCUAUGAAUGCGACCGGAGAUGCUGCAGCAGACCAGAAAGCAGCAGCAGAGCAACAGAAGGCUGCUGACGAGGCUGCCAAGAAGGCUGAUGAACAAGCCCAAAAGGAUGCGAAGAAAGAGGCCGAUGCCCAGGCGAAAGCCGACAAACAAGCCCAGAAAGAAGCUGAAGCAGCUGCCAAGCAAGAAGCGGACGCACAGAAGAAAGCUGAUCAACAAGCCCAAAAGGAAGCAGCAGCAGCUGAAAAGCAGGCAGCAGCAGAGCAAAAGAAGGCUAACGAAGCCGCCCAAAAGGCUGAAGAGCAAGCCCAAAAGGACCAACAAGCCGCAGACCAGGCCGCAGCUGAUGAGCAGAAACAAGCCGAACAGGCCGCCCAGGACGCCGCGCAACAGCAACAGGAUGCCGCAGCUGGUAACGCUACCGAGGUGAUUGAUAACGCCGGUGCUGCCAACGUCACUGAAGGCGUUGCCGGAAACGCUACAGAGGUCAACAACGGCAAGGGUAAAGGCAACGGCAACAACGAGGGCAAAGGUAACGGCAAGCAGAACGGCAAGGGAAAGGGCAACGGCAACAACAACCUUGCCCAACUUGUCCAGGAAGCUGAAGCCGCCCUCCAGGCUGGUGGUCAGGAGCAGCAGAGUGGUGGACUCAGCGGUCUGCUCAGUGGCCUCCUUGGUGGUGGCGGUGCUGCUGCUAACGCCAAGGGCAAGGCGAACGCUGGAGCUGGCGCUGGUGCUGGUAGACUUGAUAUUAGUGCUCUUCUCGGAGGUGGAGCGCAGGCCAAGGCGAAGGCCGCGGGCCUUGACCUCAACGCUGCUGGCAUCGGCCGCAGCCACAAGAGGGCCUUCCGUGCUUAG